AUUAAUAUAUCUCAGUUAAUUAUUUACAUUAAUCAGAAAAAGAAGAAAGUUAAAGUGAAUGUAACCUCUAUUAGAACUUCUGAAAGUCACAUUAAGAUAAGAUGUCAUAAUAUUUAUUAAUAAGAAUUAAAUUUAUUUCCAAGUAAUGUUGAACCGAAUAUUUACCAAAUCAUUUUUAACUGAUAUUUGUAUUUGCAAUAUAUUCGUACCUAAAAGGCUUGCGGGGCAUUCAAAAUGGGCAAAUAUCCGCCACAUAAAAGGAGCGAAAGAUGCAGAAAAAGCCAGAGUUUUUACAAAGUUAGGAAGGCAGAUAAAAGUAGCUUUUCAAGAGGGAGGAUCAGCUGAUCCCAAACGAAACUUGCAAUUGAGUCAGGUUUUGGAGCAAGCAAAGAGAAUGAACAUGCCUACAGCCACAGUGCAGAGUAUAUUGAAAAGUUGUGAAAGUGAUAAAUCCCAAAACAAAAAAUAUCUCCUAGAAAUAAAGGGACCAGGAAGCUGUUUCAUUUUAUGUGAACUGUAUACCAAUCAGUUACAUAUAACAAAAAUGGCAAUUAGUACAAUUUUAAAAAAGCAUCAGUCAAAGUUCAGUGAGGGAGGCGGUUUACAUUUAUUUGACGAAAAAGGACGAAUAGAAGCUGAACACCAGUCUAUGAUUAAUAAAUCCCAAGGAGAAAUUUUAGAGCUAGCAACAGAUCACGCAAUAGAAUCGGGUGCAGAAGAUGUAACAGUGAUAGAAAACAAUAUACUCCAAUUUACCUGCGGUAAAACGAAUUUAACCCGAGUGGUUACAGAAUUAGAAAAAAUAGGUUACAAAGUUAAUAGUGCUGAAAUUGAGUAUGUUCCUUUAAAAUUACAAGAUUUACAAGACUUCGAACUAGAUCAUUGUCAGAAAUUGUAUGAAAAAUUAGAAAAUUUACCUGAAGUUGUGAGGCUGGUAGAUAAUAUUGCCUAAAGUUGAUAUAUUUCAAAAUAAAUAUAUAUACA